CCGUGCAAUUUGUGGCAGCGGUAUAAGGACCGCUGUGGUGUUGAUUGAGGUAUCGCAGUGAGACUGAUCUUUUGUUUUGAAACAUCAAAACUAGGGAUAGCUCGCUAGCUAACACAAGCUAACAAUUAACAUUAGCUAACGUUUCUCUUGGAAAGUUGUGUUGUGGUAGAUUAACGUCAGCUAACUAGAGAGCUGUUUACAGUACACGUAUAUGAUGUCUUGUAUUUGCAACAUGUUAUACAUGCAUAUAUUUAAGUAGGGUUGGUGUCAUUGAGGUGACUCAGGUAUAGGUUAUGUAAUUCUCUACAGUAUUGCUCUAUACAACGACUGUGGUUUCAGUGGAAGUGGAUAUCUCGUCUCCUGAAUACCAUAACUCGGAAAAACCCUUGGAUUAGUCAUGUGAACCCCAACCCCACCCCCUAAUCUGUGAACAGAUGCAGACCAUAAAGUGCGUGGUGGUGGGCGAUGGUGCUGUGGGAAAGACAUGUCUGCUGAUCUCCUACACAACCAACAAGUUCCCCUCAGAAUAUGUGCCCACGGUAUUCGAUAACUAUGCAGUGACUGUAAUGAUUGGUGGGGAGCCGUACACUCUGGGUCUGUUUGAUACUGCAGGUCAAGAGGACUACGACAGGCUGCGACCCCUCAGCUACCCCCAGACCGACGUCUUCCUCGUCUGCUUCUCCAGUGUGUCACCCUCGUCCUUCGAAAACGUCCGGGAGAAGUGGGUACCAGAAAUCUCGCACCACUGUCCCCGGACUCCGUUCCUGCUGGUCGGUACCCAGGUGGACUUGAGAGACGACAGCAACACGGUGGAGAAACUGGCUAAGAACAAGCAGCGGCCCAUAUCACCCGAGAGCGGAGACAAGCUGGCGCGAGACCUGCGGGCAGUCAAAUACGUGGAGUGCUCUGCCCUCACCCAGAGAGGUCUGAAGAAUGUGUUUGAUGAGGCCAUCCUGGCUGCACUGGAGCCCCCAGAAACCAAGCCCAAGAAGCGCUGCUCACUGUUGUAGACAGAGCCAGGGAGAGGGAGAGAGACAAAAAAUACAAAACAGGGACAAGAAUGUGGACCAUUGGAACAGGUAGACCAUGUAGAAAAGAGGAGGGUAACAUAAGAGGGAGGGAAUGAGACACUCUUUUUUUCCAUCCAGUGCCUUCAGUAACCGAACUAAGAGAGUGGGGUGUGUGCCAGCUACCUGGUUUACUCUCUUUGUCACUAACUGCCUAGUCGUUUUUUCAGAGAUAGCCUUAAAUAUACUGCAUCAGAGAUGGAAGCUUCUCCACAAAAGGGCAUAAAAGCACUAGGCAUGGAUGCGUCGCUUCUUUGUCGUUUUUUGCUAUUACUAACUUAAUCAGGAUACAGUCAGCCGUUCAAAUGCACAUCAUGAGCGCACACACAUACACACACACACACACACACACACACACACACACACUCACACACACACACACACACACACACCAGCAUCCCUUAACUAGGCCUAACUGGCAUGGUGAACGAAGAGAAACAAGCAAAAAGAAACAAAAUGAAAAGAUGAUCAAUAAAGUGGCCAUUUUUUCACUUGUGUGUCAGCUGCAACAAAAACUGGAACUCAAAAGUGCUUCUUACCUCCUCUGCCUCCUGCAGGCGAGAGAAUGAACUGAACCUCUACAUUCUUACGAUCGCUGUGGAGAAUUAUCGUGUAUUAAUAAUAACUUGAGUAUUGUUUUUAAACAGCGGGGAUGUUUUUUGCAAUUUUAUUUUCAAACCUGAGUUUUUUUUAUUGUUAUUUUUAAUAUUACUGAAUUGCUUCAUAUUGUGCCAACAUUUUGGGUGCCACUCCAUUGCUGAGUUUUUUUUUUUUUUUUUUUUUUUUCAUAACAAACUGUUCUACUCCAGUCAUCUAAUAGGUUUUUGUUGUUAUGAUUAAUGAGAAUGCAAUAAUGACUCCAUGUGACAAUGAUGAAUCUUUCAGGAGGUGUUUGAAAUGGUGGAAUGUAUAAUAAAAGACUGUUAACUGAA